UCCGGUGCCCUCGCAGACGGUGGCUCUGCACUCCUAGGGGUGUCUUCUCGUGUCCCCGCAAAGUCUGGAGGCUCUCUCGCUGCAACUGAGAGCCGGAGCAGGUCCAGGAAACGGGGCACUGGGCCGUGCAGAAGCAAAGGGGCUGCAGAACAAGAUCCCUGCAGCCCGCGCUGAGGCAGGAGGUCUGAGCACUCAGCGAGGGGCUGGGCAGGAGACCUCGCGGGCAUUCUGAGGGACAGCCGGGCCGGGAGUUGAGGGCGAGGCUAUUGGAGAGGUUCAGAGCUUUCCACCCUGACCAUGAGCGCUGUGAGGGGCUCCAGGGUCCCCUUGGGACUCCAAGCAUUUGACUUGGCCAUUUUCCGGGUUUCCCAUGGCCAUCUAUCCUCGAAGCCAGCAGAACUGAGAAAGGGCUUCAGCUAAAUGUUUUCUUCCCUCUGAGGAGAGGGCCUGAGUCUGCCAGUCUGAGGAGACUCGAGAGGACCUUCGGUGGUAGCAGCUGAGGUUGAAGAGGGCGGCGGGAGCAAAGAGCGCCCUCCUUGACUAUCAGAAACCUCCUUUGUUUCCCUCUCUGCUAAGUGGUCUUGGCGGAGCUGACCACCCAAGAGGGACGGACGACGCUUGGCGGGCUCUGACCGUGCCGCCUUCAUGUGGCUGCUGACGGGGGCCCGGGAGGGAGCGGGCAUGGGGCGAAGCCUCGCCCUCUCAGCUCCCCGCCUCCCAGGAGCCGGGGCUGGCGAUGUGGAGACCUGAGGGGACCCGCGGCUGCCCGGGGUUCUCCAGGACUCCACCAGGCACCCGCGCGUUCCUCCACGCCCGGGGCUGGAGAAGGUGGCGCCGGGGUCCAAGCCGAGCGCACGGGCGGGCGACGACUGAGCGGGAGCCCCAGCCUUGCCAUGGGGCAUAACGGUAGCUGGAUUUCCCGAAAUGCCAGCGAGCCGCGCAACGCGUCCAGCGCCGAGGCGGCGGGCGCCAACCGCAGCGCGCUCGGGGAGUUUGGCGAGGCGCAGCUGUACCGCCAGUUCACCACCACCGUGCAGGUCGUCAUCUUCAUAGGCUCGCUGCUCGGAAACUUCAUGGUGUUAUGGUCGACUUGCCGCACAACCGUGUUCAAAUCUGUCACCAACAGGUUCAUUAAAAACCUGGCCUGCUCGGGGAUUUGUGCCAGCCUGGUCUGCGUGCCCUUCGACAUCAUCCUCAGCACCAGUCCUCACUGUUGCUGGUGGAUCUACACCAUGCUCUUCUGCAGGGUCGUCAAGUUUUUGCACAAAGUCUUCUGCUCUGUGACUAUCCUCAGCUUCCCUGCCAUUGCCUUGGACAGGUACUACUCAGUCCUCUAUCCGCUGGAGAGAAAAAUAUCUGAUGCCAAGUCCCGAGAACUAGUGAUAUACAUUUGGGCCCAUGCAGUGGUGGCCAGUGUCCCUGUGUUUGCGGUGACCAAUGUGGCCGACAUCUACGCCAUGUCAACCUGCACGGAAGUCUGGAGCAACUCUUUGGGCCACCUGGUUUACGUUCUGGUCUACAACAUCACCACGGUCAUCGUGCCUGUGGCUGUGGUGUUCUUCUUCUUAAUACUGAUACGCCGGGCCCUGAGUGCCAGCCAGAAGAAGAAGGUCAUCAUAGCAGCACUGCGGACCCCACAGAACACCAUCUCUAUCCCCUAUGCCUCCCAGCGGGAGGCUGAGCUGCAUGCCACGCUGCUGUCCAUGGUGAUGGUCUUCAUCUUAUGCAGCGUGCCCUAUGCCACACUGGUCAUCUACCAGACAGUGCUUAAUGUCCCCGACACUUCCGUCUUCUUGCUGCUCACGGCCAUUUGGCUGCCCAAAGUCUCUCUGCUGGCGAACCCUGUGCUUUUUCUUACUGUGAACAAAUCUGUCCGCAAGUGCUUGGUAGGGACCUUGGUCCAACUGCACCACCGCUACAGCCGCCGAAACGUGGUUGGCACAGGGAGUGGGAUGGCUGAUGCCAGCCUGGAGCCCAGCAUGCGCUCAGGCAGCCAACUCCUGGAGAUGUUCCACAUUGGGCAGCAGCAGAUCUUCAAGCCCACGGAGGAUGAGGAAGAGAGCGAAGCCAAGUACCCAGGCUCAGGGGCUCUCCAGGCCAAGGAGCUACUUCCCACCUGCCUAGAGGCAGAGCUGGGGCCACAGUUUGCAGCUCCCGUACCACCCCCGGGCACCAUGGACUCUAUCUCCCAGGUAGCACCAGCAGUGUCUGUGGAAUCUGAGACAUUUCCCGACAAGUAUUCCCUGCAGUUUGGCUUUGGGCCUUUUGAGUUGCCUCCUCAGUGGCUCUCAGAGACCCGAAACAGCAAGAAGAGACUGCUUCCUCCCUUGGGUAACACCCCAGAAGAGCUGAUCCAGACAAAGAUGCCCAAGGUAGGCAGGGUAGAGCGGAAGAUGAGCAGAAACAAUAAAGUGAGCAUCUUCCCAAAGGUGGAUUCCUAGCAUGGCUUGUGAAUCCUUGGAAGCCACAGGUCUUUCCACAUUCCUGCUCUUCUUUCACUGGGCCUGUGAUUUGUCUGAUCUCAUUGCAACUCAGCAUGGGUUAACUCCUGCUCUGUGGGCCAAGUGCUUAUGAAUGAGAGGGAAAUCUAUAUAUAAAAUCGAAUGUCCUCUUUAUUGAGGAUAUGUAUAUCUAUCUAUAUAUAUGUUUAUCUCAGUGAUCCAAGUCCUUAGUAAAGUCCAUGUUCUUCACUGUGGAGACAAAAGCUGGGUAGUGGGGAAUGGGUCUUGGGUGGGAACUUCGUGUGCAUUUUCUGAGGAUAUCUCAGUUUAGGGGCCCUGCAGAGAGUAUACGUAGAGGAGAGUGUCUAUGGAGUGCCAAAGGGAGCAAGUACUCUAAGAGAAGCCCAAGAUAAUUAUGGAGCCAUGUGACCAUAAAGAAAAUGCCUAUUAGACUGAUUUUAAAAUGUGGAAGAAGUGGAGAAGAAAGACUGAGAAGUACCCACACUCUGUAGGCUUUAAUUUUCCCAGAUGAUCUCGUGAGAAAGAUUCUAUGCAGCAAUCAGCAGGGGUUAAGGAUAUUGAAAAUUAUGAUCUUGUGCCAACUUCUGGAAUUAAGAAUCAUUUCAAAAGGCAAAGUUAGUAUACAUGGGGGCCUCUGGAAAUGUCAAGCUAAAAAUACCUGAUUAGAAGAGGUGAUUCUGCCCAAAAGAGUGGGGGCAGUUUGGUUCUCUUCCAAGGAAGACUCCAGAUCCCAGGUGUUGCCAGUUUCAUUUUCAGUCUGUUUGUGUGACUCCCUUCAUUUUGGGCAUAAAGGAGGAACAAAACAGAAGGAAUUCAUCAUUGUGAAAUGCCAAGGCAACACCUAGCCCAGCUAAGCUCUUGGCUUCCUGUUUCCCAACGAAGUUAUAGCAGGACCCAGACAGGGUAGGAGAGGGAGGACAAUGUCCUCAACUGACCAGUCGCCUGGGGGCUCUCACAAGUGAUUCGAGACCACUGAAUUCAAAGUACAGGUGACUUCACUCUUAAUGAAAGCAAAUCAAGCACCAGCUCUGCUCUUUUCUGAUGGGUGUUUGUUCUUGUUCAUUGUAUCUAAGGGAGCCAAUCCAGUGCCUUGAGCAAGGUUGAAGGGAGGGGACAUACUCGGUGGCAGGCAGCACAUCCCAAAGGCAGUGGUCCUCGCAGAUCUCCUUGAACCACACUGGCCCUUGUCCUUUGGAGGAAGGUCAGACUGUGUGCACGGAAUUUCUUUUUCCUGUUCUUUCCUGGGUGUGCUGUCUUGUGAUUCCUGACUAUGAACCCAAAGACCCUUCUCCCGAGGAGGGAGUGCCUUCCUCUUUGUGUUUGUCUCUUCUGUACAUUGUGUGCUCACAGUGGAAACAGGGGCCUGCCUGCCACCCCCUCUCUCAGGGCCCUGCAUGCCCUCUGUAACUCCUCACGUCCUGAUGCUCCACCGUGUGGCCCUUCAAGCUUAUCUUUCAAACAUUCACAACUGUAACAGCUUUCAUCAAGAAGGAACAUAAUCUGUCGGAAAACUGUGUCCACUUGAGAAGAAUCUGUCAAAUGUAGCCACAUUGAUGUUCUGAUAAUGUAUAUGUACAACUUAGUAAGUUCUGGUGAGCCAGACUUUGGUAGAUAUUUCUUCUGUAUAUUUGAAGCGGUUGGUUGACAUCUAACAGAUCAUGGCCAGGUGUAUUUCUAUACUCUUUGAAGAAUUAUGUUUUAAUAAAAAAAUAAAAAAACAGUUUCUAAACUCAAAAAAA